AAAAAAAAAAAAAAAAAAACAAUUUUUGAACCAAGAAGCUCACUAACAAUGCUGCUGCUACUGCUGCUCCACUCAUUCGUCUCUCUCGCUGCUUCUUCAGAUCUGAGCACUGACCUUGCUGCGCUCUUGGCCUUCCGUUCCGCCGUGGGUGGCCGCGCGUUUCUCUGGAACACCACCGAUUCUACCCCCUGCAACUGGCCCGGAGUGAAAUGCGAGAACCAAAGGGUCGCCGUUCUCCGCCUCCCGGGCUCUUCUCUCUCCGGGGAAAUCCCGGCGAACACGCUCGCCAACUUAACGCGCCUCCGUACGCUCAGCCUUCGCCUCAACAGCCUCUCCGGGUCUCUCCCGUCGGAUUUCUCCAAAUGUACGGAGCUUCGGAAUCUCUACCUCCAGGGGAACCACUUCUCGGGGCCCGUGCCCGCUUUCCUCUCCGGGCUUCACUCUCUGGUCCGCGUGAAUCUCGCUACCAAUAACUUCUCCGGCGAAAUCCCGGCCGGGUUCAACAACUUGACCCGUUUGCGCACGCUCUAUCUCGAAAACAACCGCCUCUCCGGGUCCAUUCCGGACCUACACCUCCCAAACCUUGACCAGUUUAACGUCUCCUUCAACAGCUUAAAUGGGACGGUACCAAAAAGCCUCGAAGCAAUGCCGGCGGAGGCGUUUUCCGGAAAUUCACUCUGUGGGAGGCCUCUCCAUUUAUGCCCCGGACACAAAGUUCCGGCUGCUAUAGCCACCGGCGGGAUAGAAAUCGGGAAAUCCAACAAAAAAAGGAGACUUUCCGGCGGAGCCAUUGCCGGAAUUAUCAUAGGAUCUAUCCUGGGAUUCCUCCUGUUAUUACUAGCCGUUUUCGUGCUAUGUAGAAAGAGAAGUGGAAACAAAGCUCGGUCUAUCGAUAUCCCGACGUAUAAACUCCCGCAACCGGACACAGAUAUCUCCGGCGAGAAGCCAAUGAUUCAUAGCGAAAACGGCGACUCCGGUAACGGCUAUUCGGCGGCGGCGGCGGGGGAAACAGUGAAGGAAAUAGAGGCUAGAGAAGGUGGGAAUGUGGAUAAGAAGCUUCUGUUCUUUGGGAACAGUAUGAAAGCUUUUGAUUUGGAAGAUCUGUUGAGAGCUUCUGCAGAAGUUCUUGGGAAGGGGACGUUUGGGACGACUUAUAAGGCUGUUCUGGAGAUGGGCACUGCCGUGGCUGUGAAGAGAUUGAAAGAUGUCACCACUUCUGAGAAGGAAUUUAGAGACAAAAUGGAGAGCAUUGGUGCUAUGAGCCAUGGGAAUUUGGUGCCUCUUAGAGCUUAUUACUAUAGCAAAGAGGAAAGGCUUCUUGUCCAUGACUAUUUGCCUAUGGGAAGCUUGUCUGCUUUGCUUCAUGGUAACAAGGGUGCAAGCAGGACACCGUUGAAUUGGGAACGGAGGUCUGGCAUUGCCCUAGGAGCUGCCCGGGGGAUUGAAUACUUGCAUUCUCGGGGCCCCAAUGUCUCUCACGGGAACAUCAAAUCGUCCAACAUUCUCCUAACUAAAUCGUACGAAUCCCAAGUCUCCGAUUUUGGCCUAGCCACUAUUGUUGGACCAUCGUCGUCUCCUACCCGAGUUAUUGGCUAUCGAGCACCAGAGGUAACUGAGCCACGCAGGGUCUCCCAGAAGGCGGAUGUCUAUAGUUUUGGGGUGCUGCUCUUGGAACUUCUAACGGGGAAGGCUCCCACCCAUGCGAUCUUGAACGAGGAUGGCGUUGACCUGCCACGAUGGGUUCAGUCUGUAGUCCGGGAGGAGUGGACUUCAGAAGUGUUCGACCUUGAACUCCUUAGGUACCAGAGCGUCGAGGAAGAAAUGGUGCAGCUCCUGCAGCUCGCCAUUGAUUGCGUGGCUCAGUACCCCGACAACCGACCCUCAAUGUCCGAGGUCACAAGAAGGAUCGAAGAACUACACGAUUCGCACUUGGGACAUCAUCAGGAACCCUCUGAACUUGUCACUGCAACCUAGUAAGAACAUCAACAACAAUUGACUAUUUGUUGGUUGGUUGGUUGGUUAAUGUGGUCCAUCAU